AUGAAUUCUCUCAACAUUCUUUCAGCCCGAGUUUCGCCGCCUCCCAGCUCCCCACCUUCUCGCUCAAAUUCCAUCACAUCAUUAAGCCUCGCCUCUCAAGCUGAUCUUGCCUCGGGAGAUCACGGAAAGGUCGCGAGCGAGGAUCCCAAGUCAGGCGCCCAACCCCGAGUAGAGGAUGAUCCCAACAUAUUAUCUGAGCCCGACUACGCAAAACACGGCGAUCUUGACGAGACGACGCCACUGCUGCAGGGAGGCGACGGCAACUCGCGGUCCACACCCUGGCACCUUAUCCCCCGCCGCAUCGCCGCAUCGCUGAUCAACUCCCUUCGGUGGUUCAUCUCGACAUUAGCCGCGCCUGGCGUUUACCUAUUUGCAUUCUUCUGCAACGAACGAGGCCAGUUCGCACCGUUCUACCCUCUAAAGCGGCUUACCGCAUGGUACGACGCCAAGGCGCCUGGCACCAUGGCCCCUAAACACUCGGAUUUCGCCAUUGAUGAGAAGGACGGCCCGCCAUUGGGAUCUCGCGUCCGGCGCCGGUCUUCUGUCCGCCCCCGCCCUUCCGUAUCUUCAGGUUCUUCCUCUGCCGCUUCAGAAUCCGAGCGUGACGCCUUGCAAAACGCCACCCGGGCUAGGAGCAAAUCUCAUAGCACCGCGCGGCACACGAGGUCGACUUCCUUUGAUGAAGCUGAAGAUUCAGCCGCUGGGAAAAGGUCCAUUCGGAUCAAGCUCAACAACAACGAAGAUGCUUUGCGACAACGACGGCAUAGGAAGACACAGUCCGCCGUCUCCCGCACUGGCAAAUCCGGCCAACUCGCUACCCCCGACAUAUCCGCUCAGCUCAAAUCCCCACGUCACCCGUCGGCGCGCUUACGAGAUAUCCCAGAACGCCCGCCCCGCCGAGACCGCUAA